AUGAAGGUCAGGAACGGUACAGCCAGAUCCAAAACCCACUGCUAUAGGGCAACCGCGCGCCCCCCCAUCCCGCAAGAAGAGCGCCAUCUCCCACAAUCCCCGCUCAAACCCAGACUCAGCCCAAGCCCAGACCCGCGGUCGACCCUCCACCACCCCCGCCUGAAGACGAUGAACGAAAAUCCUCCUCCUUACCUCGGCCCGAGGAAUAACAACACCGCAAGAGACAUGAAGAACCCUCUAUGCCACUGUAGGUCGGUGACAGUGUCCAGGGGCCCUCUGCUCCGGGUCCAGGGCCAGCCGCUGUCCAUUCGCUGUGAUGUAUCGGAAUACGAGGGCCCGAGGGAGCAGGACUUUGAUUGGACAGUAACACGAGGAACAGAAAGCAUCAAAGUGAUCUCGACGCUUGAUACUGGUUUCACAGACCGCUCUCUUCAGGACCGCAUACAGAGCGGCGACAUCAGUGUGUCACGACUAGCGGAUAACGCUGUUGAGCUGAGAAUUCAAGAGGCUCGAGUUAGUGACAGCGCCACCUACCACUGCAGUACUCCGAGCACAGACUCGUUCAUCAGUGGAAACUAUAAAGCAGACGUCCAGCUGCAAGUUGUUCCCAACAGUCUGAUUGUGGCUCCCGAUGUCCCAAACCCUGUGAUCCAUGAGGGCGGAUCCGUCAGACUUCUGUGCAAUGUCUCCCGCAACUUCAUGGAGGGAAUUUACCUGUCUCUUACCUGGUCAGUCAAGAAGGGCUCAUCUCUGCUGGAGGACCUGCUGACCUUUGGUCCAGAUUUGGGCGUGUCGGUUGGCGACGACUACACGCUGCGCUACGCAGAUGGUGGGAUGCGGCUAGAAAUGGGAAACGGUGUCUCGCACAGUCUCGUGCUCUCCGGAGCAACGCCGGCCGAUCAGGGCAUGUACAUGUGCACGGCCAGACUGUGGACAAGAGAGCAGGGAGCCUGGAACCGUAUUCAGGAGAAGACCAUGGAGAUAGGAGAAGUGACUGUCACCCCUACAGCGAGCUCCCUCAGCGUCCAGGUUCAGGACGCCAGCACAUUGUCCACAGGAGAGACGCUGCUCCUCACCUGCUCGGUUUCUGCCGAAGCCUCGGUGGACCUGGAGGUGAUGUGGCUGAUGAACGGCACGCGAGUUGUGGCCCGUCUGAGUCGCGACGGCGUGCUGACCAAUGCGUCUGAUGCGGUGGACGUGAGGCGGCUGGGAAAGUGGGAUUUCCAGCUCAAGGUUCGCGGUGUGGAGCUGUCUGACGCGGGACUCUAUGCGUGUAAAGCGAGUGCGUGGGUUCAGCGUGAUGGUGGAACCCUUAGAACCUACUGCUCACCCAUGCAUGAAGGUCCCAGCUGUAUAGGAAGCGAUGCAGGGAGUCGUUCACUGCCCACCGGGCGCGAAGCCCAGAAACACUUGACACUGGUGAGCCAAGAGCCUGGAGACUGGUUUAACUUAUUUUUUCUUUCUCUCUCAGAUCCAGAAUACACUGUUCUUCUGAGCUCAUCUGUGAACGCAAAGUUCUCCGGUGACAUGACGGAGCUGGAAUGCAAAGUCACAAAUGUGUCGAACCUUCAUAGCGGGCGGCUGGGAGUGUCGUGGCUGUACAGAGACGUUCAGCCCGGUGACGUCCCGGUAUCUACUCACACCAUCGCCUCACUGGAUGAGAACGGGAACCUCGUGGCAGGCAAGACGUACAAGAGCCGUGUGGAGGCGGGGCUUAUUACAGUGAUCCGAACAGAACCUUCCGUGUUCAAGCUCCGCCUCCUUCGCACGACAGACGCCGACGUCGGUGAAUACACGUGUGCUGUAACCGCAUGGGUACCGUCUCGACAUGGGAACUGGAAAAAGGCUGCCGAGCAUGUGACCCCAGCGCUGAAAGUCAGCUUUGCUAACAAGCGUCCUGUUCUCAGUGUCGCGGCCCGGCGUCUCCGUGAAGCUUCGGCUGCUGGCUCCACGUUUGAGAUGAGCUGCCAGGCUCACGUCCAGAACGUCCCGCCGGAAACCGCCUUCUCCAUCCUCGUCUUGUCCGAGAAGGCCGUCGGGUCGCCCAGCCGCAAACUGGCCUCUCUGGACCGCGAGAUGGUUCUGCAGCUGGAGGAAGACCGGGACCUGAUUCUGGCGAAGACCGGGAAGAGGGAGUUCCAGUUCCGGAUCCCGGCAGUGCAAGUGACCGAUCGUGGCUUUUACUGGUGUGAGAUGAAGGCCUGGACGAAGCAGCCCGGGGAAGACUGGCAUGAGAUGGCCAAAGGAGUAUCCAAUAAGGUUCAGAUCAAUUUCAUACACAAAGGUCCCACGUUUGAUGUGUCCAUCAGUUCAGACACAACGAGUGUUUUCCCCUGGGAAACUGUGAAGAUGGAGUGUGACGUCAGUGUUAGCGGCACGUCUCCGACUACAGAUGAUGUAGCAUACGAGAUGAAGUGGUUUCUGAGUCGUCUGAGGGGUUCAAACAGCCCGUCACUGCUAGCCAUUAUGGACCGCUGGGGUGUUGUGCACAAGGCUCCUCGCAACGACAGCAGCGACUGCAGCCUGGAGCGCCUGGGACCCAGAAAAUUUGCCAUGAACAUCCACAGCACACAGGACAGCGACGCGGGUGACUAUUACUGCACCGCAACACCCUGGAUCCGCUCGACUGCCAGUGGGGUCUGGAGCAAAGCGCCGGAGGUCUCCUCACAGAGAGUCUUCCUUAAUGUGAAGUUUGCAUUGUGGGACUCAAUGAAGCUGCCUUUGCUGUACGGCGUCUGUGCUUCGGUGACUGUAGGCAUCGUUUCUCUCGUCCUGGGACUAGUUUGUGCUCACUGCUGCUGUAAAACCACCACACCUACUCCACGCUCUCGCAACAAACUCAUGGAGCUGGAGAUGGAUUGACAAAGACAGUACAGUUGUCCCCUGCCGAACUGGACGGCGUGGUGACAACUGAUGAACGCUGGGACGCGUCCCGUGAUGUUAUGCACCACCUGGAAGGAAAAACUACAAUCUCAGAGGAAAAAACUGCUGAAUCAGAUUCAAUGACCAGGGCGAAAUACUCAAAAAUUGCACUAACCACAUUCGUAUAUCAGCUGGGUGCACGUUUUGUUGGAUUUAUGAACGUUUCGUCAUUGAAACAAGAAGAGAUACCUGACAAGAUCCGAGCAGGAUUUGACAGAUUGAAGGAUUAUAUUACUCUACAUCAAGCUCCAAAGAGAUCGUCUGCUUCCAGAUCAGGGUUUAAAGACGCUCGUUUCUACCAUGAUUCUUCUGAGUUUGGUGCUACUGUCUUUUUGCAAGACACGGGAGGAGCUGAACCCAUGUCACAAUGUGAAAGAUAGCGUUUUAUCUGUGAUUCUGUGUUGUAAUGUAUGUACCAUUCAGUUUUGUUCUCCAACCCAUCCAGAGUUUACCAGCUCUGACCAACCCAUCUCUCUAAAAGCUAACUAGUCACCAUUAUCAACUGGUUGACUGUAAUGCGAUGGGCGGUCACACUAGAUUUGAAUAUAUGAUGUUUGAAAAAAAAAUAGUUUUUUGAAUAAGUAGUAUUUUUUAAAUAAAUAAUUCAUUUCUAAUAUUAAAAUAUAUCAUCUUCUCCUGUUUCCAAUGACAAUACAACCCAUGUAUUGGGUUUACACAUCUCUUUAGCUAGCAAGCAAUAAUCUAGUAAUACCCCAAAACAGCCUUCCAGAACUCCUUAACAAAUGUUUAGAAAUAUCCUAGGAAUUGAUCAACAAUUCUGUAGCAAUAACUUUACAAAAGUUACAACUAUCUAGAAAGAAUGGGGCAGUCGUGCCCUAAUGGUAGGAAGUCGGACUUGUAACCCAAAGGUUGCGAUGUUUGAGUCUCAGGUCUGACGACUGAGGUGAGACCCUUGAGCAAGGCACCAAAUCUCCAACUGCUCCCCGGGCACCCCAGAAAUAAGGCUGCCCACUGCUCUGGGUGUGUGUUCAUGGGGUGUGUGUGUGUGUUUACUACUGUGUGUGUGCACAAAUUUCAAGUGUGGGUCACCAUACUGUACUUGGCCACAUGUCACUUCACUUCACAUUCUAGGAAACACUUUUACCAUCAUAGCAACCAACCAAAGUACCAUGAAAAUUGAAUAGAAACACUAGCAACCCCCCAUAGCACACAUGUGCAUCUUAGCAACAGCUUAAAAAUAACUUCAAACAUUGUAAAAACAACCUUAACAACUGGAUAGAAACGCCAUAGCAACUACCUACCAACAAUCUACUAUAGCAAAGACCAGAACACCCUAAAACAGCCUAGAAAUCACUUUGAACAUUGUAACAACCACCUAGAACACCAAAGCAAUUGCAUAGAUGCACCCUAGCAACUACCUACAACAAUCUACUGUAGCAAAGACCAAGAGCAUACUAGCAACUACAUAGAAAUGCCCUAGCAACUACCUAAAACACAAACAUACACCAAGAGCAUCCUAGCAAAUACAUAGCAAUGCCCUAGUAACUACCUACAACAAUCUACUAUAGCAAAGACCAAGACACAAGAGCAUCCUAGCAACUGCAUAGAAACGCCUUGGCAACUACCUAAAAUACUAACAAACACCAAGAGCAUCAUAGAAACAGCCUAGAAACCAUUUUGAACAUCUUAGUAACCAUCCAAAACACUGUGGCAAGUUACCAACUGCACAGACACACCAUAGCAACUAACUAAAACAAUCUACUGUAGCAAAGACCAUGGUAUAAUUUAACAGUGUUCAUCCUUCCAAAACAGAAAACAUAUUUCACAAACAUCUACAUCCCUGUCUCUUUUAAAGUGUUUAGUGUAUGUAAUAAGUUGUAUUUGUAGGGGUUAUUAGGCUAUAGCACAAUUCUUAACCUCUACACAGACCUCUCUAAUUUUCAAACCCAUGCUACGGCCAUAGCAAAGACCAAGAACAGUCUAGAAACAGCCUAGAAACCACUUUGAACAUCAUAGCAACCACCCUAAACACCAUAGAAACUAUAUGGAAAUACCCUAGCAAUUACUGUACCUACAACAAUCUACUGUAGCAAAGACCAAGAGCAUCCUAGCAACGGCAUAGAAAUGCCCUAGCAACCACCUAAAACACAAACAAACACCAAGAGCAUUCUAGCAAAGGCUCAGAAACCACUUGCUACAAUGUAGCAAUCACUUAGAACAUCAUAGCAACUUCCUAGAUAUGUCCUAGCACCACUAGGAACAUUAUAACCACCCAGAAUGCUAUGGAAACCACCUAAAAUACCCUAGCAACACCAGAGCAAACCUAGUCUGCCUGUAAUGACCUUCAACUUUUGUCAAGCUAACUAUCUCUUUGAGUUCAAGUUCAGAUACUUGUAAGCAUGUACUGAUGUGAAAAUGAGCAUUUAAUGUUCAGCCAAGAAGAGAAACAGUGGAAUUGUUGUCCCUAAUUGGUUAAUGUCUAUUUUUCAAACCCACCCAAUUUGAACUUUGGUAGAGAGAGGAAGAUGAAGGUCCUACGCCAAUUCUCACACGAGUAUGAAUGAAAGCUAUAGUGUCUAGUGUGGCCGCCCCUCGAACGGAUGAAAUAUUGACUCAUUGACUCCUACAGAUGGGUCACACGGAGGUCAGGGUUUGCUUAGGUUGAAUCUGUGCCUUGGGCCUGGUCUUGAAGCUCCGCUAACAGCUCGGCCCUCCGUUCUGCACCUCCACUGCCGCAUCACGGAGCAAGUAGAGCUGAAACUCAAUGCUGUGCAUUAGGGCCAAGAGACCCCCAGAACAAGCACUUUCCUCUUCAGUGACGCCUCAAGGGCAUCGGCUGACCUUUUUCCGCUUUGUCUGCAUCUGAGGGUCUUUGUCUCCACUCCUGAAGCUAUGGGCUAACAGUGCUGGGACAAUAAAAUAAAAAAAAAUAAAAAAGCUCCAGUGAAUCUCCAACAUGGAAGACAGUGGAUAUUCACAGUGUUUGUGCUCAGCAAACAUUCUGGUGUGUAUUUAUUUUAACCUCUUUUUCCUCGGUAUUAAACUGCCAUUAAUUCAUACCAUUUAUACUUUAUUUUCUAGAUCUUUUCAGUCUUGAGAGUGCUUCUGUUUUUGGGUUUUGUAACAUUUAUACUUUUUAAGAUAAUUAAGAUUGAAGUUUGAAAUUGCUCUUUUGACUUUGUUCGCCAUUGAAAAUGAAUGUGUUGAUGUCAAACUGAAUAGCAGUUGAUCUUUGUUAUUUUUUUAAUUUGCGUACUGAAUUAUUAUUGGUGUAAGAUUGUGUUAUUGACUGGGUUGUUGAGUGAAAUAUUGAGUUAUGUUGUUCAACUGAUUAAAGAGUGGGUACACUAGAUAAUAAGCAUGCAAAAUUAUUACAGAAAUAUUUUAGAAGGAAUAUGGGCAACAGGAUGUGAUGUCAUGGUCCAGUGCUUUUGUUUUUAAAAAUAAAUCAAUUAUAAAUAAUAUUAA